AUGGUUGAAAACUGCUCAGAUCUUGAAGGGUUCCUGCUUUUCCACUCAUUAGGAGGCGGAACUGGUUCUGGAUUAGGAUCAUUGAUACUUGAAAAUCUUGUUAUGGAAUACGGAGAACAGACAAGAAUAAAUUUUUCUAUUUAUCCAGGUUCUAAAAACGCUGUUUCUGUUGUUGAGCCUUAUAACACUAUUCUCUCAAUGAGAUCUUUGAUUGGGUCAUCAGAUGCUGUCGUUGUUCUUGAUAACGAAGCCGUUUACGAAAUCUGCCAAAAUCACCUAAACAUUAGGAGGCCAACCUUUACAAAUUUAAAUAGACUUAUUUCGCAAGUAAUUUCUUCGAUGACGGCAUCAAUGCGAUUUAAUGGAGAUUUAAAUGCAAGUCUAAACGAAUUUAAGACCAAUCUGGUGCCAACUCAAAAUCUUCAUUUUAUGUUUCCAUCAUAUGCACCAAUAAUUCCAAAAGAAAAUAAUGAAAAUAGUUCAGAUAUAACUAAUGAAGUAUUCGGCCAAGCUAAUUCAAUAGCAAAGUGUGACCCAAGGCAGGGAAGGUGCUUAGCCGGCACUUUAAUGUACCGAGGAGAUAUUGUGCAGGAAGAAGUGAUAUCUUCUUUUGCAGAUCUGAGAGCGACGCAUACCUUUAGAAUUAAUGACUGAUGCCCAGAUGAAGUGAAAUGGGGAAUUAAUGCUCAGAAAGCUUUAGCAUUUUCUAAUGAUGAUAUCUGAAGGGUGGCAAAAUCGGCUUGCAUGAUCAGUAAUAGCACGGCAAUUGCUGGGGUCUUUGCAAGAUUAAACUGUAAGUUUGAGCUACUCUAUGCUAAGAGGGCUUAUAUUCACUGGUUCGUUGUGGAAGGAAUGGAGUCGGACGAGUUUGCUGAAGCUUGUGAAUCUAUGGCACAAAUCGAGCAAGAAUAUAUUAAUGCUGGGGUUGAGGCAUAA